AUGAUCCUGGGACCGGUGUCAUACCUCGACUGCAUUGUGUUCUGCAUCUUCCUCACGCCGCAGCUGAUACUCAACGUCGGCCUGUUCGAGACCGUGCUGACGGUGCUACAAGUGCUCCCGUUCUUAGUCUUUGAACUACCUGUGACCUUCCUCUACGAGCGCUACUUGUUGAAGAAGGAGGACCAACCAGCCUUCGUCCAGCAGGCCUCCCCCUUUGAGGACUUUGUGGUCCGCUGUGUACGGUAUGCCUUCGCCAACAUUCCUCCAAAGGUCGGCCGUGUUUUCUUCGGUAAGAAGGUCGCGCUGCCAUGGUUGAGAUGGCGCUUGCUCCGCCAUGGCCACCUCAGAUCACCCAUCUUCUGGAAGGGGUACAAGGACGAGCACAUCCGAGGCGUGUGGGCCAUCCAUGAUCCUGCGAGAAGGCCAGACAUAAUCAUAUACUAUGCUCAUGGCGGAGGCUUUAGCAUGGGCUCACCAUAUUUCUACCUCGAGUUUCUCCUCACCUGGCUCUCGCUCUUGAAGCAAGCAGGCUACAAGAACCCGGCUGUUUUCGGCCUGGACUAUACCCUCGUGCCCGACUCCAGCUUCCCGACCCAGCUCGCCGAGAUGGUAAGUGGGUACGAGCAUGUUCUCGGCAUGGCUGGCAGCGACCCGUCCAUCGUCUGUGUCGCAGGAGACUCGGCGGGAGGAACGCUGACUCUGAGCUUGCUGCUGCACCUCGCACAUCCCGUGUCGGCCACCAAAGGCAGGCACUUGCCAGAGGAUUCGCGCCAUCUCGAGAAGCCUGGCAUGGCUGUCCUCAUCUCGCCGUGGCCGACUCUCCAGUCUGCGUUGUACCAGAACAACCGCAGCGACUUCCUUGACGUGCCGGCGCUGCAUCUUUACGCUGCUCAGUAUGCGGGCAGGGUCGAUCUGCUCGACGACCCUGUCGCGUCGCCUGGGAAUUGUACGAAACUGGCGUGGUUGAAAGAGGCAAGUCCGAUGAAGGGGAUGCACAUAGUGUACGGGAAGGAAGAAGUGUUUGCGCCUGAGAUCGAGCAAUUCGUGCAGAGGAUGGAUAAGGCUGGGACGCUUGUCACCAGCCAAGGUGAGAAAGGCGGAAUACAUGCGUGGCCCGUCGCAUCACUGUUUCUCAGCGGCACGGAGGAACAGAGGAUGAAAGGCCUUGGGGGCAUUGUCAAGGAGAUCAGGAACCGUGUUCCACCAUCCAAGAAUUAUAAGUAUGCAGGUUGA